AUGUCUGAGGCUGGUCAGUGCUGCAUAGUGAAACUCUUAUCUUUAAAUACUGAAGUACCAAGCACCAGGAAGAAGCAGGCGCCUCUAGCCACGCCCUUCGCACGAGGCGUAGGCGGAGCUUCUGGCGGAAGGGCAAGAAAGGAGGAGGAGGUGACGCGGAAAGCGGGCGCCGGUUUCUCGCAGCGGCUGGGAGGAAGCUCGGCAGCUCCGCCGGCCGCGAGCAGGCCGGAGUCCCGGUCGCUGGCCGGGCUUCUCCGGGUGUGGGCGUGGGCGAGGCAGCGGUCCCGGCCGCUGCAGCGUUCGUCCAGCCAGCGCGUUAGGUGCCAGGAGCAAAGAACGAGUCUCCUGAAACUCCAAGCAGAUAAGUUACUGUCAUCAGCAAAGAACUUGGACCAUGAAUACUGCAGAGAGAAAAAUCUCCUGAAGGCAGUUACUGGCUUGUCAGCAAAUACUGUUUUAGGUAAGGCCAGUGGUCACAGACCUAGGACAGACCCACAAGCUUCAGAUUUUCCCAUGAAGUUCAAUGGGGAGAGCCAAAGUCCAGGUGAGAGCCGCAAGAUCGAGGUCUUGAACAAACAUAGAAAGCGCAUUUGUUAUGGCUGCUACCAAGGGCUAGAGCACCACAGAAAUGGGAAACCCUUGAUUCCAAAAAAGUUCCAACUUAACCAACAUCGAAGAGUCAAAGUGUCUCUUAUGAUGUAUGAGAAAUUAUCCAUGAUUAGAUUUCGGUAUAGGAUUUUCAGAUCCCAGCACUUCAGAACGAAAAACAGAGUUUGCAAGCUAAGAAAAGCCCAGCGAAGCUGGGUGCAGAAGGUCACUGGGGACCAUCAAGAGAACCUUAGGGAUAACACUGAGGGUGGCAAUUGCAGCCCAGUCCCUUCCCCAGAACCUAAAGACCCUUGUCGGUGUCAGCCAUACUUUUCAGACAUGGACGGCAGUGUUGCGGUAAAGGGAAAGAACUCUCAAGUGCCUGAUGGCCACAGUAAAGAAAGUCCUUUCUUGGACAAGGAACAUAGUUUAGAUGAAGCAUUCCCUGACCAACAGAAUGGCAGUGCCACAUAUGCCUGGGACCAGUCACCCUCUUCUCCUAAGUGGGAGUGUACAGAGCAAAUCCAGGAGGUCCCUCUAACAGAGCAUCCUUCUGAUAACACGUUCACUUCGGAAACGGAAAGAGCAGUUAUGACUCUGAGUCAGGAAGGUGGGGCAGGUGCUGUGAGUGAAGACAGGGUGAGACUGUCAGUGUGUGGGGCACAUCAGUCUCUGAGCAGUGUAGACGGGCAUGUGUCUGAAGAGCCUCAGAGUGAGAACUUCCAGAUGGAGGAGGAUGGGUCUCUCAAGCAGAACAUCCUGAGUUCUAAGCUGCUGGACCACCCUUACUGUAAAAGUCCACUGGAUGCUCCCUUGGUGUGCAGUGAGCUCAGAGAAAGCCAGACGGCAGGCAGCAAGAACAGCCAGAAGGCUUCUCCAGUGGACGAUGAGCAGCUCUCAACCUGCCUCUCUGGAUUCCUAGAUGAGGUUAUGAAAAAGUAUGGAAGUUUGGUCCCACUCAGUGAAAAAGAUGUCCUUGGGAGAUUAAAAGAUGUCUUUAAUGAAGACUUUUCUAAUAGAAAACCAUUUAUCAAUAGAGAAAUAACAAACUACCGGGCCAGACAUCAAAAGUGCAACUUUCGCAUCUUCUACAAUAAGCACAUGCUGGAUAUGGAUGAUCUGGCCACCCUGGAUGGUCAGAAUUGGUUGAAUGACCAGGUUAUUAAUAUGUAUGGUGAGCUGAUAAUGGAUGCAGUCCCAGACAAAGUCCACUUCUUCAACAGCUUUUUUCAUAGACAGCUGGUAACCAAAGGCUAUAAUGGAGUUAAGAGAUGGACUAAAAAGGUGGAUUUGUUUAAAAAGAGCCUUUUGUUGAUUCCUAUCCACCUGGAAGUCCACUGGUCUCUCAUUACUGUGACACUCUCCAAUCGAAUUAUAUCAUUUUAUGAUUCCCAAGGCAUUCAUUUUAAAUUUUGUGUAGAGAAUAUAAGAAAAUAUUUGCUGACUGAAGCCAGAGAAAAAAACAGACCUGAAUUUCUUCAGGGUUGGCAGACUGCUGUUACAAAGUGUAUUCCACAACAGAAAAAUGACAGUGACUGUGGGGUCUUUGUGCUCCAGUACUGCAAGUGCCUCGCCCUAGAGCAGCCUUUCCAGUUUUCUCAAGAAGACAUGCCUCGAGUACGAAAGAGGAUCUAUAAGGAGCUUUGUGAGUGCCGGCUCCUGGACUGAGACUCGGCAGGGACUCCAAAAGGCUGGCCAUGUUGGAGCAGAUGGUUUGUUACUUGAAUCUCCAAACAUUUACUGAAUUUUUACAGAUAUUUCAGAUUGGUGGUAUUGGGCCACUAUUGUUACCUCAAAUUUAUUUUUGCCCUUCUUCAUUUCUCCUGCUAUCAUGUACUUUUUUAAUGUUCAGUUUAGUUUCAUUUUAACUUUAUGAAUUCCAUACAUCCCUCCCAUAUUUAAUAUUUAUUAUCCAAACGCAUGCAUGUAGACAGAGCAUGCAGUAAAGAGUAUUAAAAAAAAGCCUAGUAGAUUUGGUGCAGCUUUUGAAACAUAGUUAGAUGUGAACUGAAUACAGGUUUAAAAUUUAACCCCAGAACCUAAAAAUGCAAGAUGUUUUUGAUAGAGCGUAGCUCAGAAUAGAUGUUCCCUAUGGCAUAAAGGGUAGCUAGGAGUGGUUGUGAAAGCCAGUCAUGUUUUACUUACACCAGCAGCACCUUUUACUGUUGUCCCUCAGAUGAGUCCCUGAGCAUGAGACACUUUCCUUUCAGGUUGAGAGGGGGCUGUUCUGCGUAGGGACACAGCGCUUGCAAGCACUGUGCUGAUGUUAAGGCGAGAGAGAGAAAAAAAGUAGCAUCCUUGGGGGCCAGGUAUCUUAAAGAAAGAUUUCUUUCAUUUCAUUUUGUUUUGUUGAGGCAAGGUUUCACUAUGUAGCCCAAGCUGUCCUGGAGCUCACAGUAGCUAGGCUGUCCUCUAACUCAGGCUAAUCCUGUCUCUGUCUCCCUAGGGCUGGUAAAUAGGUAUAUACCAAUGCACCCUACAGUAAGAUUUCCAUUUUGGUCUUAAGAAUUAUAAUAUGUGGAUUAAAUAUCAUAAAGGCUUUUCUUGG